UAUGAAGUGCGCAUGUCAAUAUUUGGUGCGGAUUAAAAUGGAGAGAGAACACCGAAAACGAAAGUUAGACAACAGGAAAUAAAUAAUAAUACACUGCUAAAGGGACAUUUUCAAAAACGAUGAGUCACCAAACUGAGAUAGAGAAAAGAAAAUAUCGAAAUUGGGUGAGAGGUGGAUUGGCAUAUAAAUAUUUGAAACAAGGUUUGGAAGGUUUUGCUGAUGAUGUUGUUAAACAAGAUCAUAAGAGAAUUCUUAGUGCUAUAAAUUACACACCUGGUAUUACCUGUACUAGGUGCAUCAUUGGAAACCUGAAACCGACACAUGCAUGCAUGAUAAAUUCUGCAGGUAAAAAUGAGUGCUACUGGGGUCAACAUAAGUGUAAUUGUUUGCGCACAAAGACAGAAAAAUGUCGCCUUCAUAUAUGUGAUCGCAUUAUGGAAGAACUAUUUAGAAGCCAUGGAUCAACCCCGCCAACACUAAACUGGGCUAAUACUGACAUACAAAAAUGGUGUACAGAACCGUGGGAGGUCGCCAAAUGUUUCAUUAAUGCACCAGGCUAUUCAGACAAGACAAAGGCAGCUGGUAUAGACAUAUCUGGUUUACUCCUUGUCUUCAUUAAUAACACAAGUCUUCAUCCUCAUUUAGCAUGCUCCAUGACUGGAAAAAAUGUUUUUGUCAAGGUGCGAGAAAGAAGAAACAAAUUGUUUCAUUCAGCCACCAUGGAAGUUGAAGAAUGGGAAAUGUUUGAAUGUAUAGAUGAUAUCGUUGAAAUACUUGAAGACCCAAAACAACUCAAAGGAAGACCCGAGGCCCAGCAAGCUGUCAACAAACUCAAACAAUUAAAGAAUAGUGACUUCUUAAUCACCACCCACAAUGAGGUCGGGGUAUGUAGAGAGGCAUUAGCAUCCGUAAACCUGAAAUCAAAAGAAAUAGAACAGGCGAUUCAAGAUGCAAAGAAUUUCAUGAGUGAUGAAAAGAAAGAUAUUGUAGAGGGAUUGCAACAAGUAGCAGACAAACAUAAAGAAUACGUUAAAGAUGUCAGUGAUCAGGUAACGGAUACAGCUAAGAAGACAAUACAAAACAGUCUACAUGCAGCUGUCAAAGAAUUUGACAAACACAGCGAAAUGUUACAUGAAAGAGUAAAGAAACUGGAAAUAGACGUUUCAUCUGUGGAAAAACGUGUAACAUCAUUAGAAGGCACAGUUGGAGAAUUAGACUGUAUACGACAGAUGUUCAAGAAACGUUUAGAUUACGUCGAAGAGAAAAAAGAGCUACAAAAAAAGCUUGUUAAAUCUUACCAGAAGUAUUAUGUGAAGACAUCACUUUCUCCUUUGAAGCAACAAGAAGAUAGCAUCAACGUUAAAGAUGUAUAUGUACCUCCUGAGAUAGAGGUUGUUGAUGAAAAUCAAUCAGCAAAUCUGGAUAAAGGUAGGAGGAAGACGAAAGCGAAGGUAAAAGGAUAUCAAGACAUCUUUCAAACAAACGGACAACAGAAUAGGAAGAUUUACAUAUUAGGUGAUGUUGGAACAGGAAAGAGUACGUUCUGUAAAAUGAUGAUUGAAAACUGGUGUACAGCUGUAACUAGUUCGACCGGAAGUUCAAUUCGCUACGAAAAUGCUUGUGACAGAAUGGUUUGCAGUGACAACAUAAUGGGAAAAAGGUGUGACGAUGAUGUCAGUCAGAUAGGGCCGUAUGAAUUUCUUUUCUUUUUACCACUGCAAUAUAUGUCAACAUUUCAGUCAGAUGUCAUCGUUGAUAUGAUUAAGGAAUUCACAAAAGAUCUCAUUUCAGAUACAGAUUUGAUUGACAGAAUAUUUCAGGAAGACUCCGUUCGUUGUCUUAUCAUAGUUGAUAGUUUGGAUGAAUGGAGGCCUCCUAAAAAUAUUGUGCGUAAACCACAUGUAAGUUACGGAAUACCAAACGGAGACAGGGCUAAAGACGCAACAGUCCUUACAUUAUCUAGACCAUCAGCAAAAGGAUUACAUAAUUUGAAAAAAUCCGAAGUUGAUCUCAAGUUAAAAUUAUUAGGUAUAUCUAGUAGCUCGAUGGAACGAUUCAUUAAACGAUACAUUUCUGAUUAUGACACCUUUUUCAAUGAAAAAUCUUAUGAUAAAUUCAAAUCUAUUUUGCUGUCAAAACAGAUUGAGCAUGUGGAGAAAACGCCAUUGCUUUUGCAACAACUACUUUGGUUAUACUGUAAUGAUAAAGACAUUGGCAGAUCAAUUAGCGAAACUUACUGUCAGAUUUUAAAUACCAUGUUUGGUUGGUCAGACCGAGGGAAGGAUGAAGAUGACACUGAUGAAUGUCAGACUUGGGAAGAUUUUACAAACUUAACACUGCCCGAUAUGUUAAAAAGAUUUCCAAGAUUAGAGAACAACAAACGUAUCCUAUUUCUCCUAGGUCGAACUGCAUUUGAAAAAUGUCUCUCUGGGACAUUACAAGAAACAGUUACUUGUACAUACCUUAGCAAAAGAGAGUUGCGAAGAUGUGAUAUGGUUAGGCUUACACGAUUGGGUAUCUUGAAUGAGAGUAAGUGUUAUGACCCAACGCUCGAAGACACGCAACUUGAUUUCAUCCAUUUCUCUUAUCUUGAGUUUUUUGUUGCAUUAUAUGUAACGAUGUGUUAUUCCAUGGAACAAGCCGACUCUCUUCCAGAGAAAGAGAACAAUGGAAAACAUACGAUUGUAGAUGAGUUGCUUCGUACAUGUACAUCAGCUUUUGACGUAUUAGAGUUGUCCAAUGUGAUUAAAAUUAUUUGCGGUUUGUCCCCCUUACUUAUUGGUGAUAUGUCGAAAAGGAUUUCCUGUAUUGUGAAUAAUGACGAACACAUUACACAUCUUAGGUGUGAAAGAAAUUAUGAGAAAGUUCGGAUACAACGGCUGAUGGUAGACUGUCUCAAAGAGUGUGGUUCAGCUUGUAGGACAUUGAUAAGUAUCAGCGAUCUAUGCAUAAGUGAUCAUGAACCUAGUCCGUCUCUUCAAAGGAUUAACACAGAUAAUGUGGUUUCUCUGGCAUUUGUAGGUUCACCAGAAAAUAAUGUAGUGGAGUACAUCACACAAUGCAAACAUUUGCAAUACUUGUAUAUCAGAUAUGUUUCCUUUAAGAGGACAGAUAUUUCAUUAAUAUCAGAACAAUUGUCUGUAAAACAGUUGACGCUAAGUAGGGUAGAUAUUGGAGAUGAUGUUGAAGAACAUGCUACAGUUGACCUGUCUAGGCAGAACCAGCUGCAGCUACUUAAGCUUUUCUUAUGUGAUGAUAUGAGAAUUUCUGGUAUAAACACUGAACAACUUAAACAAGUUCACAUUGUUGAAGACUGUCCUGGUAUAAUUAAUUAUGAGUUUUUAUCAAAUGCCCGGCAACUUACAGAGCUUUGCAUUGAAAGAUAUGUUGCUGAUUUUGUAUCACAGGGUCAACGUUAUAAGAUUGACUUGUCUCAACAGACACAUCUCCAAACACUUAAGGUGAUAAAAU